CUUUCAGCUCAGCGUACACGCGCUGUUGUUUUGAUUGACACCAAUAGUCGGGGCUUCAACUUUUGUUUUCCUCUCGAACGUCCUGAAAAUACAUGAACUCAAUGAGCAACGAUGUCUGAAGCGCUCAUGACAUCGACGGAUGAAAUAUCACUGUGUCCAAUGCGAUCAGAGGAGCGUCCCGACGUUGUACGGAGCUUCCUGUUGGUGGAUGACCAGGAAAACCUGCAGGUCCACAAUGAAUCGGAUUUUGUUGAGAGGCUCAACUGUGCCGCUGCGCGAGGUGUCAAAGUUCUCUCCAUCUUUGGAAACACCGGGGACGGCAAGUCACACACCUUAAACCACGUCCUGUUCAAUGGCGAGAGUGUGUUUUUUACCUCCAAGUCCUCCAGCUCCUGUACGGUGGGUGUUUGGGCCGCUUAUGAGCACUCCCUCAGCCUGGUUGCCCUGGAUACCGAGGGCUUGUUGGGAGCAGCUGUCAAUCAAAACCAGAGAAUGAGGCUUCUGCUCAAGGUCCUGGCAGUGUCAGAUAUAGUCAUCUAUCGAACGCGAGCCGAGCGUCUACACAAUGACAUGUUCCAGUUUCUGAGCAAUGCGUCAGGGGCCUAUCUGAAACACUUCACCCCCGAGCUUAGGGCCCUGUCAAGCCGCUGCGGUCUGGACGUGCCCCUGACAUGUCUUGGACCUGCUGUCAUUGUCUUUCAAGAGACGACACACACACAGCUGCUGGGCCAUGAUUCAAAGGUGCCUGGCCAUGCCGACAUGCAACUCCAGAGGAGGUUUCAUGACCUGGGCUUGGGGACUGAUGCCUUCAGUUCGGUACAGUACAUCGGCACCCAAACCAUCACGCCUCCCACCGACUACAGUGAACUACUGGAUGCUCUCAGACAGCAAGUGCAAAACACUCACACGCGUUCGCCCCGCCACCCCGGAAUCGUGUUUCGCGCAUUCGAAGCCCUCAGUGAACGGUUCUGUGGUGACCUACCAGAUGACAAGCUGAAUCUGUACACCUUCUUCCCAGACGAGUACUUCACCUGCUCUGCUGUUUGCCUGAGUUGCAAUAUUCGCUGCAAAAAUGGAAUGAACCAUUUGCGAGAUAGGGUCCCUCACAUGGCAGAUGGACUCUGCCAGUAUGCACACCAGUACAACAACAAAGUCCUUAUCUGCAAGAGGUGCUAUGAAGGUGGCAGAGAGGUGACCGUCGCGCCUAAAACCUCGGCGUCCUCUGACAACCCCUGGCUGGGUCUUGCCAAGUUUGCCUGGUCGGGCUAUGUAUUGGAGUGUUCCAGCUGUGGCGUCAUCUACCGCAGCAGACAGCACUGGCUAGGGAACCAGGACCCAGAGAGCAGCGUGGUGCGUUCUGAAGUCAAACACGUUUGGGAGGGGUCGGACAAUUUCCUCACCAACCACCAGAAUGCAGCACAAAGGGUCCUGGAUGGGAUGAACUAUAUGAUUCAGUCUGUGUCCGAAUACAGCAGCGGCCCCACCAAAGCUGUCACUGCUUGGCUCACUGAUCAAGUGGCGCCGCCCUACUGGAGACCUAACACGGAGAUCAGAGCUUGUCAUGGCUGUCAAAGACCAUUUGAGGAAGCGGAGCGGAAGCACCACUGUCGUUCCUGUGGCGAGGGCUUCUGCCACCUGUGUUCUAGCCACAGGAUGCCAGUGCCAGAGAGGGGCUGGGGUAGCAGCCCCGUCAGGGUGUGUAUGGCCUGCUAUCGUCAGGGAGGACCACCUGAAGCCAACAGUCAGGUGUGUAAAGAGGAGCCUCGCGGCCUGAUCGCUCGCAGGGUGGCGGAGGUGGCUCAGUCCACCUUAGACAUCGUCAGCACUGCUGUGGACUACCCGCUCUGCUUUGUGAAGGAUGUGGCUCGACCAGACUACUGGAUCCCCGACCAGGACAUCACUCAAUGCCACCAGUGCUCCAAAGUCUUCACCCCAGUCAUGCCCAAGCACCACUGCAGAGCCUGUGGUCAAGGGGUGUGCGGCCCCUGCUCCGCACACAUGAAGCCCGUACCGUCAAGAGGGUGGGACCACCCUGUAAGAGUGUGUGACAACUGCAACUCCAGCACCGAUAGUCUCUAAAGUAUGGCUCCAAGUCUCCAAUCAAACUAGACGACAACCCGUGGCUCCAAAGAGGCUUGUUAUCAGGGGCUGGCCGAAGACCUGUUUUUUUUUUUUUCCUCUCUUCUGCCUUCGCCAGUUGAUUCCGCCUCACGUAGAGGCAAAACUGAUCAGAGAUCAGCGGUCGGGUUGACUGCACGUUUCAGCUCCUUUAAGUUGUCUCUCCUAAAAUAUCAUGAUGGCUUGCAGUCUCACGCCAAGGGACCUGUAGGAAAAAAAAAGCAGAGAACAAAAGAACCAGUGUGAGAUUUUCAACGACUGCAAUAGUGCCUUUUUUCCAAACAUGGCAGUAACUUUAUAUGUCCUCACAUUGUAUCUUGCAAGGUUCCAAAUCCUUGGAGGGGAUUUUAUUGUUUAUUCGUUAGACAUCUGUCUGAUGUGAAGACCCUUGAAGGUUAAGUUGUUGGAUGGAGGAAAACGGUUUCAGUCGCCGUUGAAGAAAUAUGUGACUGCGUUGUGUCCAUGACAUGUCUCCUUCUAAUAAAUGCUUGAGCUCGCCCUGUACGCCUGAGAAAGCGAGGCUGUCACAGGGAUGUCAAACUCAUUUUCAUCCCGAGCCACAUCGUAGUUAUGGUUUCCUUCGGAGACCCGUUGUAAGUCUGAAUGUGAUCUUAAAUGUAUGAUCGUCUCAUUUUACAUAAACACUUCAAAUUCA